CGAAAACGUUGAUUUGGAACGGGCAUAGCGAUCAGCCACGGGUUUCAAGAACAGUCGAUAGACGAGCCCACUUUCGGACACAUGCGGUGCAUUAAAGUUACCGCAAAACGGCCCGAGCCUAAUUGGCCAACCCCGCUGUUGUUAAGUCCCCGUCCGGUCAGCUCCGCUGAUAGCGUUAUCACUGGCCAGCAGCUGAACAAUAUUUAACCUGGAGAAGCACGUGCCGUACAACUAUACGGCUUAUGCGUGUCGAUUGCGAAAUAUUGCACAGUCGGGUCUUCAGAGCGAUUUGACGAUUGAACAGCGCGGUCACGACACGGCUACCAGGGAAAAGUUCAAUAUUCAUCAGCAACAACCGGAAUCCGACUUCUGCGACAAUGGCUUCGAGGUUUUGCUCUUCUGGAAGGCGGCAGAAACUUGAGCAGCGGCAUGCCGUCAUCUCCGCCGUCUUGGCGACACUUGCAGACAAGUCGAAAUCAGAUGCCGCAAGAUGCGAUACACCGGAGGAGUACUACGCAGUGUUCGCGAAGAACUACAGCCGUGACGAUCUAUCCAAAUUCCCCCCGCAAAGACUGGGGAAAGGUUUGAAGAAGCUCGCCGAGAACAAGAGGCGUGAGGACUUUCAGAAGAAGCUCGAGAAGAAGAACGCGGCCUUGGUGCGGAAGUUGAGUGAGGCUUCGUCGUCGUCCACGAUGAGUACGAAAAGCGACGCUAGCUCGUCGACCCUGCUCGAUUCGAGUGACGAUGAGAAGGGUCGUAGCACGAGCGAGGACGACGGCGCUCCCCUUGAGCUUACGUGGACCUGGAGUGCACUUGGAGAGGCAUUCUGAGCGUAACUUGGACAGACUUUUUGACAUAUUUUACCAGUCGCCAAGUGGCAACGUGCUUUGAAGACCGUAGGUGAUGGUUGGCGAGCGACCAAGGGACAAUACCUGCAUGACGAGAUGAUAUCUCGCACACGUGCCAUGUAGAGGCGUUUAAGCACUCGUUAACGUCGAAGUUGCUCCAGUGUGGAUGAAGAUUAGGGGCGUCAAAUCACCUGUAUCAAUUGCAGCAGCUGACGGUUCUUUAGCUACAAUAGCUAGCUAGCAAAGAGCGAGGUAUUCAUGCAGCAUCGACGAAAAUGACUGUCAUAUUGACACCUUUUGAUGUUCAGAAAAAAAAAAUCUUUCUCUUUUGCUGCAUGUUCUAAGCUUCGCGUCACCAAUCCGUGGAAUCUACUCUUGCCGUGCGCCAAUUAAUCCUGCUUGAGAAAGUGGCAACCUUGUGAUGGUAGUGCACGAAUUGC